AAAAAUUAAAAGUAUUAAAACUCUAUAUAUAUUAUAAGCUCUAUAUUAUAUAUAUCUUUGAUUUUAAUCAUGACGUUACGUAUUAGUGAGUUAUUUGUCGCGGCUAUAAUAUAUAUCAUAGUACAUAUUAUUAUUUCAAAAUUAAUAACCACCGUCCGGGAGCGGGGGCGGCGGCUACCGCUACCGCCGGGUCCGACGGGGUGGCCGGUGAUCGGAGCACUACCACUUUUAGGUUCAAUGCCACAUGUUGCACUUGCAAAAAUGGCCAAAAAAUAUGGACCUAUUAUGUAUUUAAAAGUUGGUACAUGUGGGAUGGUUGUUGCUUCUACCCCUAAUGCUGCUAAAGCUUUCUUGAAAACACUUGAUAUUAAUUUCUCUAAUCGUCCACCUAAUGCAGGUGCCACACAUUUGGCCUAUAAUGCCCAAGACAUGGUUUUUGCACCCUAUGGACCACGUUGGAAGUUGCUAAGAAAAUUGAGCAACUUACACAUGCUAGGUGGAAAAGCUUUAGAAAAUUGGGCCAAUGUUCGUGCCAAUGAGCUAGGUCACAUGCUAAAAUCGAUGUUCGAUGCAAGCCAGGAGGGCGAAUGUGUGGUGAUUGCUGAUAUGUUAACGUUUGCGAUGGCAAAUAUGAUUGGUCAAGUAAUGUUGAGUAAAAGAGUGUUUGUUGAAAAAGGGGUUGAGGUUAAUGAAUUUAAGAAUAUGGUUGUGGAAUUAAUGACGGUUGCAGGAUAUUUUAAUAUUGGUGAUUUUAUACCUAAGUUAGCUUGGAUGGAUAUACAAGGAAUUGAAAAAGGGAUGAAAAAUUUGCAUAAAAAAUUUGAUGAUUUAUUGACAAAAAUGUUUGAUGAACAUGAAGCAACUAGCAAUGAAAGAAAAGAAAAUCCUGAUUUUCUUGAUGUUGUUAUGGCAAAUAGGGAUAAUUCAGAAGGAGAAAGGUUAAGUACAACAAAUAUCAAAGCACUUCUGCUGAAUUUAUUCACUGCUGGUACAGACACUUCAUCUAGUGUAAUAGAAUGGGCCCUUGCAGAAAUGAUGAAAAAUCCUACCAUUUUCAAAAAAGCACAACAAGAAAUGGACCAAGUAAUUGGCAAAAAUAGACGUUUAAUUGAGUCUGAUAUUCCAAAUCUUCCUUAUUUACGUGCAAUCUGCAAAGAAACAUUUCGGAAACAUCCCUCAACGCCACUAAAUCUCCCUAGAGUAUCGAGCGAGCCAUGCACGGUCGAUGGUUACUACAUACCAGAAAAUACUAGGCUCAGUGUCAACAUAUGGGCAAUUGGACGAGAUCCUGACGUGUGGGAGAAUCCGCUUGAGUUCACUCCCGAGAGGUUCCUUAGCGGGAAAAACGCAAAGAUUGAACCUCGUGGGAAUGAUUUCGAGUUAAUUCCAUUUGGUGCAGGACGAAGGAUUUGUGCGGGGACAAGGAUGGGAAUAGUGAUGGUGGAAUAUAUAUUGGGAACUUUGGUUCAUUCAUUUGAUUGGAAAUUACCAAAUAAUGUUAUUGAUAUUAAUAUGGAGGAAUCUUUUGGAUUAGCUUUGCAAAAAGCUGUCCCUCUUGAAGCUAUGGUUACUCCACGGCUAUCUUUGGACGUUUAUCGUUGCUGAUCGAGCGAGUCUUCCUAACAAUUUAUACUACAACGUACCUGCUAAACUUUUGUGUUGGCUACGUAUAAAAAAAAUGAAAGUGCGAUAUCUUGAAGGGAUUUAUUUUGUAAUUUGCUUGGCUUUCUUCUAAUAAACUUUUGUGCU